AGCCGUCCAUGAUUUCCUCCAGAUCAAAUCCCAGCCGUCCAUUCCUAUCAAAACCCCUUCUCCUCUCUCCCCGCUCCGCGCUCUCACCACCAUGAGACCACCCCUCCCCCUCCGUCCCCACCGCCGCCGCCUCUUCUCGUCCGCCGUCCUCCGCCCUUCCCCUCCGCCGCCGGACGAAUCUCAUAUCCUCCGCCGCAACCUCCUCCGCCUCCUCACCCGCUCGCCGCUUGACGAGGAGCUCUGCCACGCCACCUUAUCACGCCUCUCCCCCCGUGAUCUCGACCGCCACCUCCUCGACCUUCGCCCCUCCAUCAACCCUCGCCACGCUCUCCGCCUCUUCUCCUUCGCCUCCGACCGCCUCAACUUUCCCUUCACCCCUCUCUCCUUCUCCCUCCUCCUCCACUCUCUCCUCCACGCCCGCCUCCGCGCCCCCGCCCGCCUCCUCGUCAUCCGCCUUCUUGAUCCCCUACGCUCCUCCACGCUCCUCCACUCUCUUCCGGAGCUCAUACACUCCCUCGCCGACUCCUCCCCUGACGACUCCUCCAUCUCCGCCGCCCUCGAUGUCCUCCUUCACGUCUGCUGCACUCAAUAUCCACCCGAUCACGGCCUCCCCAUCGCCGUCUCCUCUUUUCGCAUCCUCGUCGAUCGUGGCCUCUGUCCCUCCCUCCGUUCCUGCAACUUCCUUAUCUCGUCUCUCGCCAAAGCGCGCAAGCACCGUGAUGCCCGAUGGGUGUUCGAUGAAAUGCGCCGGUUUUUAUCCCCAGAUGUGUUCUCUUACACGCCUCUCAUUGAUGUUCUUUGCAAGGGUGGGAGGGUUGAAGAAGCAGUCGCACUAUUUGCGGAGAUGGAGAGCUCGGGGAUAUCUCCGACGGUUGUCACUUACAAUGCGCUCUUUGACGGGCUCUGCAAGCAUGGGAUGGUAGACGAGGCUUUGAGGUUGAAACAGAGGAUGACUGUGGAACCCAGCGUUGUGACUUUCAAUGUGUUGAUCAAUGGAUUGGUGAAAUUGGAUCGGUUUGGAGAAGCAGAUUGUUUGCUGGAUGAAAUGAAGCAGAGGAAGAUACCACCAAAUGAGUUUGUAUAUAAUACGUUGAUUGACGGGCAUUGUAGCUUUGGCAGGUAUGUAGAGGCAUUGAGGUUGCGGGACGAGAUGGUGAGGAAAGGUAUGGAACCAAAUCAGGUCACAUAUAAUUUGCUUGUGAAAGGUUUGUGUAAUGCAGGGCAAGUGGAGCGGGCAGAGCAGCUCUUGGAGUUGAUGUUGAUGAAUGGGAUUGUAGUUAAUGAGAGUGUCUUUAAUUCAGUUAUUUCUUUAAUUGCUAGGACUGGGUCGAGAUUGGAUUCUUCAGUUCGGUUCAUUAAGGAGAUGUUUUUGAGGGACUUCAAACCAGAGAGUUCUCUUCUGCCCUCAUUGAUUCUUGGUUUGUGUAAAAAUGGUAAGCAUCAGGAGGCAAUGGGAAUUUGGUUGAAGAUGGUGGAGAAAGGUUUCCAUGUGGAGGUAGUUGCUUCGAAUGCUCUCAUCCAUGGCCUUUGUGAGUUGAGGAAGGUGGAGGAAGCAGUAGCACUUCUUGAGACAAUUCUUGUCAAGGGAAUGGCAGUGAAUAGAGUUACCUUUAGCACAUUGAUAUUGGGGUGUUGCAAAGAAGGGAAAAUAGAAGAAGGACUUAGGCUUCUUGGACAAAUGGUUAAAGGAGCCAUAGAACCUGAUAUUUACAUAUAUAACAAUCUUUUACAUGGAUUGUGCGAUUCAGGCAAGAUGGAAGAGGCCAUUGGGCUUUGGAAUGAGUUGAAGUCUAAGGCUUUGGUUCCAGAUCUUUUUACUUUUAGCUCCAUAAUUGAUGGUUAUUGUAAAUCAAAGGAAGUUGAUAAAGCUAAGACAUUCUUCAAGGAGUUGGAUAAUUGGGGAUUAGAGCCAAAUGCUGUCAUUUAUAAUUCUCUUGUUUCUGGUUGUUGUGAGAGUAGUAAUAUGGAGGAAGCUUCUAAUUUAAUUGCUGAAAUGAAAGGCAAAGGUGUUUCUCCGACUGUGGUCACAUAUACUGCUCUUAUCCAUGGGUUUUGCAACGAUGGUUGCAUAGAAGAGGCUAGAAAUGUCUUCAACAAAUUGAAAGAGGAUGGUUUCCAACUAGAUGUUGUAUGUUACACUACAAUGAUUGACGGAUAUUGUAAGUUAGGUCAAAUGGACCAAGCAAAGAAACUGUUUGAGGAAAUGCGUGCUAGCAGCAUUGCACCUAAUAAGAUAACUUACACUGUGUUAAUGCAUGGCUACUGUAAGUUGGGCAACAUUAAAGAAACAUCAAGACUUCUUGAUGCAAUGGUUGAUAGUGGUAUUGUACCUGAUAUUGUUACAUACAACACAUUAAUAUUUGGGUUCUGUAAGGAUGGGAAAAUGGAGGAUGCAUUUAAGAUAUGUGAUCUGAUGUCACAGAGAGGUUUGGCUUUGGAUGAGGUUUCGUAUACUAUUUUGGUUGAUGGAUUGACCAGUUCUGGUUGUGAAAAGGAAGCUAAAUGUAUAUCUGAAGGCAUUAUUCAGUAUGGCAUUGGACCUCGGAUUGCUAAAACAUCCUAGUGAACCAAAAAGUACCCUGGCAGCAUGGAGAAUUCAGCAUCUUUGAUCUUAUUUGAUGGUUUUAACUCAUCUAUGAUCAAGGACAAAAUUCUAUCAGGUUGUUCAGAAAGAAUGACAAAGAAUAACACAAUAAUGGCUUCAACUUUGGAAACCUGCUGUUCUCAUAUAUCAGGCAGUUUAGUCGGCAAAAAUUGAAGACUAUUACCUUAUGCCAUGCAUUUCUUUCUACACAUGCUCUUGGAGUAUAUCCACCUGUCUGGCAUCAGCAAAUCAACAAGUGCCAAUCCAUGCACAAGAACAUUUUCACUACCCUGUGCUCUUCAUCAGCAUGCAAGCUUGCCUACCCAUUCUAUUUCAGAUUCAUCUAACAAGACGUCAAGAUUAAUUCAAUUUGUUAAUAUUUGAUUGCCAAUUUUGGUUUUGGCCCAUAAUUGUGUUCUUGAUAAACCUCUUCUUCCUCACAACAUUGUCAAGGAGAGGACCAGCUGAAGCCAAAGUUGGAUGAGCUCUUUCUCAUUGAU